GGCCCACCGGCGCCGGAUGGGCUAGCUAGCGGAAUUCUCGGCUGGUCUCGGGACUCGCGCUCCCUCGGCGGGUCAUGAACGGGCCGGCGGACGGCGAAGUGGACUACAAGAAGAAAUACCGGAACCUGAAGCGGAAGCUCAAGUUCCUCAUCUAUGAACACGAGUGCUUCCAGGAGGAACUCAGGAAGGCCCAGAGGAAAUUGCUGAAGGUGUCCCGGGACAAGAGCUUCCUCUUGGAUCGACUUCUGCAAUACGAGAACGUGGAUGAAGACUCUUCUGACUCAGAUGCCACUGCAUCGUCAGAUAACAGCGAGACAGAGGGGACACCCAAGUUGUCGGACACACCAGCCCCCAAGAGGAAGAGAAGCCCUCCACUGGGGGGGGGCUCCUCCCCCAGCCUCUCCCUGCCUCCUUCAACAGGGUUUCCCCUUCAGGCCUCCGGGACCCCCUCCCCAUACCUGAGCUCGCUGGCUUCCCCCUCCUACCCCCCAUUCCCCUCUGACUACCUGGCCCUGCAGCUGCCCGAGCCCAGCCCCCUGAGGCCCAAGCGGGAGAAACGGCCCCGCCUACCCCGGAAACUCAAGAUGGCUGUGGGGCCUCCUGACUGCCCCGUGGGAGGCCCGCUGACUUUCCCAGGCCGGGGACCUGGAGCUGGGGUGGAGGCUGCCCUGGCCCCAUUGCCCCCCCCAAAAAUGCCCCCUCCCACGAUCCUGAGCUCCGUCCCUCGGCAGAUGUUCAGCGAUGCUGGCAGCGGGGAUGAUGCCCUGGAUGGGGACGAUGACUUGGUGAUUGACAUCCCGGAGUGAGGCCCCCUCUGCCGGUGCACACAAGUCCAGCUUCCGCAGAGACAUUUAUUCGUUUAUUGAUGCCCAGUUGCCAUGCUGCGGCCACUGACACAAUCAGAAAAGGCGUAAACAUGCACUGAUGUCCCCGGGAGGUAGCCCUCACCAAAGGACAGGGGCCCUGCGCUCUCAUCCCGGCCCCAUCAGGACAGUUCUUGGAGGGAGUGGCCGGGAGCACCUGCCCCUUCAAGAGAGACAGAACUCAUGGUGACCCCUGUAAAGGGCAGCCGUAUAGGGCGAGGUGUUCUUAAUGAAAUUCUCUAUUAAAGGAGUGGCUCCA